ACUCCAUCGACAGCAGCAGCAGCUCACAUAAGUCCAUCUACUCUUGUUGACCCGAAUCGUGUGUGAGCUCACCGAGCCAAACUUCACCUUGUUUUUCCGUUUCUUGGCGUCCGAUAGUAGGGAAAUAUGUCUCUGAGAAUUCUUGUGGGAUGUAAGCGUGUCAUUGACUACGCGGUGAAGGUCCGUGUGAAGCCAGAUCACUCUGGGGUCGUCACCCAAGGUGUGAAACAUUCUCUCAACCCUUUCGACGAGAUAGCCGUAGAAGAAGCCGUCAGACUCAAAGAGAAGAAGCAUGCUUCCGAGAUUAUCGCAGUUUCCUGUGGACCGGCCGCUUGCCAGGAAACCCUACGAACAGCGUUGGCCAUGGGCGCGGAUAAAGCAAUCCACGUUGAGGUUUCGGAAGCCGAAUACGCCACCUUGCAGCCUGUUCACGUAUCGAAAAUCUUGGCUAAGUUGGCGGAGAGGACCCAAGCGAACUUAAUUCUCGUUGGCAAACAGGCAAUCGAUGACGACUUGAAUCAGACGGCUCAGAUGACUGCCGGUGUUCUCGAUUGGCCUCAAGGGACUUUCGUUUCUCAAGUUGAGCCUGAGGGAGACUCCUUGAAAAUUGUCCGUGAGGUGGACGGUGGUUUGGAGCACAUCAAAGUGAAGCUCCCCGCCGUCGUAAGUGCCGAUCUUCGUUUGAACGAACCUCGGUACGCAACGCUGCCAAACAUCAUGAAGGCAAAGAAGAAGCCCAUGGAAAAACUGUCUGCGAAAGAUCUUGGUGUCGAUAUCGCAGCAAGAAUCAAGGUUGUGAAUGUGGCGGAGCCUCCCGUGCGAGAGGCUGGUGCGAAGGUGGAGAAUGUUGACGAACUUCUCGGCAAGCUCAAAGACCUCGGUCGCAUUUAGCCUGGUUCAUCGAUAGCUCCAAUCGGAGGGACCAGUAGUCUUUCUCGCACAGUUUCAAACAGAUGUACAUAUCGAAUCUGUGCGUAGUAGAACAUAUAGUUAAAGAUUUUGGAGAUGAAUAAAUUUUCGACAUUUUAA